CCAUAGCGGACACUAGCGGACUCACGGACGCGGCAAGUAUAACACAGGCUUAACACACCUGAUUGAGAUCAUCAGGAGAGAUCCAUGAACUGAACUAACGAGCUGAUGAUGAUCUCAGUCAGGUGUGUUAAAUAAGGGAGACAUGCAAAAUGUGCAGAGCAGGGGGCCCCCAGGACUGGAAUUGAUAAGGGACAACAAACAACCAAUUUCAUGGAAUGAUCCUUAAAGAAGUGAUCAAUAUUGGCUGAAAUACAGCUCAAAGUACAAAACAACCAUAAGACGAUAUGUCCAGAAAUUACAUGUUCAGAUCGCUACCAAAUCCAGUCUUGCUCUAACCUGUACUGAAUUUCCACCUCGUUGUACGCGAGAUCUUUGCGCAUUCACUCUCAUUGGCUCGUUUCAGUAUACAUCUAUGAAUAAUGCACCUCACGUUGCGUAAUUUUCCAGUCAAGAUGAGACAGAUGGCGCAUACAAGAACUUACUGACAACAACUUACAGGCAAACAAAACAGAAAUACAUUGAAAUGACAGAAUUACGCGGCCAAACGUAGAGUACGAAUGCACGGAAGCUGAAAACUGCUCUUCUAAAAUGAUGAGGAAAUCAGCUGAGUACUGACAGCGCCAUGGAUGAUCGAUGUCAGCAUGUGAUUGAGGAUUUAUUCAGUGGACAGUUGACUCUCUGCACCUGUUUGCAUCUGGAAAAGGCUCUGGCCGCUGGGGAAGCCUUGCUAGACCUGGCCGUGCAGUUUCAGCACCAGUACCGACGACGGUAACAGCACAGCUGACGUAUUCAUAAAGCAGAGCAAAGCGAAGAUCUCACGCGAUGUCCUCGGCGGUGUUAGGUGAGUGACACUCAGACAGCCGUCAUGCAGACGCUCGCAUGUUAUUAUCCAGCUGUCGUAGAGAAAUUGCUCAGAGGUCGUCUCUUUCAUGCCAGACAGUACCUCAUGAAGCAUAAAACUACGAUCACAAUGGCACCCACUGAAAACUGUGAUGUUCUUAUGACAUUCACAGACACCACAGAUGACCAUACACUGUUAUGGUUACUUAACCAAAUCCGGUUGGGAAUUCCACAAGUCAGAAUCCAGAUCCGGCAGCAUAAAUACACGCACACCUAUGCAUUCUUCAUUACCUCAACCUUUGAGAACUUGUUGCGUGGAGCUGAACAGAUGGGGAUGCAAAAGGCAGUGAAGCCACGCUAUGGAGGCGGCACUCGCAGGUUUUCAUGUGAGGAGGAUGACAUCUAUGAAAACAUCGAGAGUGAGCUGUGUUUCUUCACAUCACAGGAGCGUCAGAGUAUUAUCAAAUAUUGGAUGGAUAAUCUGCGGGCGAAACAUGGCGAGGCCCUUCAUAACAUUCCCUUCCUGGAGGGCCAACCAAUCAUACCAGAGCUUAUAGCCAGGGGUGUGAUUCUUCAAAUGUUUCCUCUUCAUGAGCAGAGAAUCCUGAAUCAGCUGAUGACGUCCUGGGUUCAGGCAGUCUGUGAGAGGCAGCCUCUAGAUGACGUGUGUGAUUAUUUUGGUGUGAAGAUUGGCAUGUACUUUGCUUGGUUGGGCUUUUACACCAACUCUAUGCUGUAUCCAGCAGUGAUUGGCUUUCUGCUCUGGAUCUUUGCUGAGUCUGAUCAGACAAGUCAGGACAUCUGCUGUGUGGUGUUUGCCCUUUUCAAUGUGGUGUGGGCAACACUCUUCCUGGAGAGAUGGAAGCGGCGGGAAGCAGAACUGGCAUUUAAGUGGGGAACGCUGGACACCCCAGCAGAGUCACUAGAGGAACCCCGGCCACAGUUUCGGGGAAUUAAGCGUCGCAGUCCAGUGACUGGCUGUGAAGAGUUUUUCUACCCACCCUGGAAGAGGAGAAUGUUCCGCUGGUUGGUCAGCUUUCCCAUCUGCAUCCUUUGUCUCUGCUUCGUCUGUUUGGCCAUGUUUAUCUGCCUGGAGCUUCAAGAAUUUGUCAUGGAAACAAAGGAGUUGCCAAGCAUAUGUAGAUUUUUCCCAAAAAUUCUUCUGGCUGUAACUGUUACUAUAUGUGAUGAAGUGUACAAGAAAAUCGCUCUCUGGCUCAAUGAUAUGGAAAAUUACAGACUUCAAAGCACUUAUGACAAUAAUCUCAUCCUCAAGACUGUUUUUUUUCAGUUCAUAAAUUCCUACCUCAGCCUUUUCUACAUUGGAUUUUAUCUCAAAGACAUGGAGCGGUUAAAAGAGAUGCUGGCCACGUUGUUGAUCUUCCGCCAGUUUCUACAAAAUAUCAAAGAAGUGUUACAGCCGUAUCUAUAUGAGCACCAUAAAUUAGGUGCUCUGAGGACAUUAUGGGACUUAAUUCAAACCAUGUUCCUGAACUAUAGUCAUUUAAUAGUGCAAAGGAUACGAGUGACUUGCCAAGCCAGUCUGGAUGUGAAUAAAAGUGGCUCACCUCCAGAGCAAUCAGAAAAGAGAGAAAGGAGGAGUUUAAUCGCCAGCUACAGAGUUCCCAAAACAGAGGAAGGGGAUGAUGAUGCUGGACUAAAGCAAAGGAAAGUCAGCUUCACCGAGAAGGUGGAAUACAAAGACAAGGUUGUGGAAGCAGAGACACAGGCCAACUUACAGGACGAUGGCAGUCCUACCCUUGUGGAGAAAGGAAUGGAUCCAUCUUUAAUAUUUGAUAUACGUGAUGAUGACGACGAUGAUGAUGAUGAUAGAGACAUGGAUGAUUCUGUGAGUAAACCUCAAGGAACUCAGAGAAGAAAGAUCAAAUCCACUGGGGAAAACAACAGUACGGAAAAGAAAAUCUCCUGGAUGGAUCCUCCAGAGGAGAACAAAUCCACUGUUUUGACCCAGCCAGAGAUUGAAAGUUGCAUGCUAACUUAUGAGGAUACUCUUCAGGAUUACCAGGAGAUGUUCAUACAGUUUGGCUACGUUGUGCUCUUCUCUUCUGCAUUUCCUCUGGCAGCCAUGUGUGCCCUCAUAAACAACAUUGUAGAAAUCCGAAGUGAUGCCUUAAAACUUUGCACAGGCCUCCAGAGACCCUUUGGGCAAAGGGUUGAAAACAUUGGACAAUGGCAGACCGCAAUGGAGGCAAUGGGUCUGAUCGCAAUAAUUGUGAACUGUUACCUUAUUGGCCAGUGUGGACAGCUGCAACGACUCUUCCCCUGGUUAAGCCCUGAGAUGGCCAUUAUCUCUGUUGUAGUGCUAGAGCACUUCGCCAUUCUGCUCAAAUAUAUAAUUCAUGUUGCAAUUCCUGAUAUUCCAAACUGGGUGGCAGAUGAGAUGGCCAAACUUGAAUACCAGCGGAGAGAGGCUCUCAAGAAACAUGAACGCCUCGCACAGCAGCACCAACAGCAGCAAAGGAGGAAGUGUGAAGAAGAAGAGGAGCAUCAAAAAAUGGCAGAGGAAUUGGCACGACAAGAUCAAGACAAGUCCGAUCUGAAUGGAGGUGAAGAACAUCACCGUGAAAAAAGCCCAGGGGCCAAGUUCAGCUCUGGAGAUAAACUCAAGAGACCCAGCUCCCUUUUAGGCAACAAUAAUGUAAUGAAACUUAAACAGAUAAUCCCACUUCAGGGUAAAUUCACCUCUACCCCUUCUCCCACAAGCGGUGAGGCCAAACUUCCAGGUUUUCUAAAGUUCCUCAAAUCCCAAGAGUUAAAAAAGGAAGCAGCUGCAGCAGUCGCACAAGCAGCUACACAUGGGAGCCACGAGAAAUCACAGUCUCCCAGCAAGUCCUUCAAUCCAGGCAAACUCUUCAACUUUGGGAAGGAAAAUCCAUGUACUGGUGCUGGUUCUGAACAAGUGAAACCAGAAGAUGCCUCAAGGGCCACUAAUGCACAACAAACAAAUAAUGACCAAAACCCUUCAUCAGAAGAGCUUCCAUCUGAGGUUGAAAAGGGUGAUGGCUCAGACUUUGGUACUAAUCCUUCAAAAAAACAGUGAAUUAAAUGUUGAUACUACUCAGUUAAUAUAUAGCACUGAUUGUAAUGCUUACCAUUUGCUUAAACGUGAUAAAGCAACCAUGUAGUGAGUGGAACUGCAUGUCAAAAAUCAUUUUAAUACAACAUAUUAAUCUGAGACCUCCAUAUAGUUUACUCACUCAAGGCGGCAUGCUAAGUCACCUGCAUGAUAAAAUCAGUUUAGGCAUGGGCAAGCAGGAAAGGACGUUUGAAUGAGCACUGUAAAAUGUAUAGAUUUUAUAUUUUUCUAUGCAUUAUUAUUUUUCUUAUAUGAAACAGUAAAUAUGACAAUCUAAAAAUAAUGCAUUGUCCUUGCUAAUUUUGAUCUUAUAAUGAAUGUGAACCCAUAAUGCAAUAAGAUGGAAUUACUGCGAAAAUACAUUUUAAAAAUGGUAUAUAAGACACAAUGUACACCAUUACUUCAAAGCCCUGUUUUUUUUUUUUUUUUACUUUUAUACUGUUAUCAUAAUACAAAUUAAAUGGAUAUACAAUUGCUUAUAAAAAUUAACUACAAUACUUACAAUAAAAUGUGAUACA